CGGAUUCAUACUGGAUGUUCAGACACCUGCUUCCAGCCUGUUUUCCAGCUUCCUUGUCUUGCCAAUCAAGAGUAUCCUCAAAACCACCACUAUCUACUUAAAUUCCACUUUCUUAGAGGUAUAGGUUUCCACAGAUGUCUCCAGAAACUCCAUACCAAAGCUCCAUCCACAGUUUGGAUUUUCCUGCAAGCCCCAGUGUGUAUACCAGGCAACCAAUCCAGACUGUCAUGGUUGGGAACAUUCUCUCAUGCUUUGAGUCCUUUGGUGUAGAGAUUGAACUGGUUUAAGAUCUAAUUUGCACAGGAAACAUCUUUGUUUAUAUUGGUAGUGACUGUGUUCUUGAUUCAGCAUGACAAAUACAGUGAUAUCAUCAAAACCAACUAGAUGCACACCUGUUCGUCUGCCACACUGUGCUGUAACUGGUCUCAUCCUGUACUUUCAUGUGAUGAUAAUCACCUUCCUUUUAUUACUAGCAGGAAGAUUGCAGGUGUUUCCUGUCACUGCUGAAUGGGCUGCCUCAGUUCGUUUUCAGCUAUGUUUGAUUAUAUGAUUAAACACAGGACUUGGUCACAGAAAGCCCUUGUUUUUGUCUUGGUCCAUCAUGGUUACAGAGGAGCACGGUCUAAUAUUUGAGGUAUAUGAUGUAUUUUUUUAAGAGCGUAAGAAUUUGCAAUGAGGUGAGACUGGAUUCUAGUCUUCUGGAACUGUUUUUGCUUUUCUUAUUAUCCCAACACUGAAAUAUUUCCUGUGAUGUAUUGGACACUGUUUUCCAUAAAGUACAGAUGGCCCCCCACUAACUGUGUGGUAUGUCCCAAUAAACCCGCCUUAAGUUGAAGAUAUAAGUCGAGAAUGCAUUUAAUACACCUAGCCUACCAAAUCUCAUAGCUUAGCCUAGGCUACCUUAAACGUGCUCAGAACACUUAGCCUACAGUGGGCAAAAUCAUCUAACACAAAGCCUAUUUUAUAACAGAGUGCUGACCGUCUCAUAUAAUUUAUGGAAUAAGGUGUUCUGCAUCAGUCGUUUACCGUCGUGAUCAUGUGGCCAGCUGGGAGCUGUGGCUCACUGCUGCUGCCCAGCGUCAUGAGAGAGCAUCGUAGCACAUACUGCUAGCUGGGGAAAAUUUAACGUUCAAAAUUUGAAGUACAGUUUCUACUGAACACAAAUUGUUUUCACACCAUCACGAAGUUGAAAAAUCGAACUGCCCAAGUGUGGAUGUAGACAUUAAGGAGCAAUAUAACCAGUCCUGAAUUUGGGGGAUUAGCAGUCACGAUUCCCCUAAAGGUAAACAUACAGUUCCAGGACAAAGGUGAGGCGGUAGGCAGCCCAAGACCCCAAAAAACAUGACCCGGGAGCGGACAGGCCCUGCGAUCUGAUGGAAGCCCAGUUGCCACCAAUCAAGUUACGAUCUACGUAAACGGAUCCCUGUGGAAUUGUGCAGUGCGUGACCCAGAAACACCUGGACAUGGACAAGGGGACCAGAGUCUCUGAAUUCAUCCUCCUCAGCCUCUCUGAGCAGCCCCAGCAGCAGAAGGUGUUCUUUGUCCUGUCUGUCAGCCUGUAUCUGAUUGGGUGCCUGGGGAACCUGCUCACCAUGCUGGCCAUCUGAGACCCUCACCUGCACAGCCCCCUGUACUUCUUCUUCAGCAACUUGUCUGUUUUGGACGUCUGCUUCCCCUCCACCACCAUUCCCAACAUGCCGGCGAACCACCUGUGCAGGCGCACCACCAUCUCUUCCCUGGCUUGCCUAGCUCAGACGUAUUUUUUCAUCACCUUUGGGGGAGCAGACAGCAUCCUCUUGUCAGCCAUGGCUUACGAUCACUACGUGGCCAUCUGCCAUCUGCUGCGCUGUGUGACAAUCAAGAGCAUCCUUCAUUGGACCUGGCUGGUGAUGGUGCCGUGGAUCUCAGCCAACCUCAUCUCCUUGGUCCACACUCUCCUGGUGACCCGCCUGUCUUUUUGCACCAAUAGGACCCCGCACUUCUUCUGUGACCUUAACGCUUUGAUCAAACUCUCCUGCUCUGACACGCAAGUCAAUGAGACGCUGGUGUUGGUCCUCAGGGGCUUGGUGGUUUGGGUCCCUUUUGUGUAUGUCGUGGCCUCUUACACACCUGUCUCUGUGGCUGUGUGGAAGGCGCCCUCAGCCCAGGGGAAGCGGAAAGCAUUCUCCACCUGUGGCUCCCACCUCUGUGCUGUCUUUCUCUUCUACCAGACGAUCAUCGGGGUCUACUUCAACCCUGCAUCCAUGCACACCACUCAGACGGCCAUGGCAGCCACGGUGAUGUGCACCCUGGUCGCUCCCACGCCGAACCCCUUCAUCCACAGCCUGCAGAGCCGAGAGCUGAGGGGCGCCCUUGGCAAGCUGCUCAGCUGGAACCUGCUGAGCUGAGUCUCUCUGACUGCUCGUUUUCUUUCUUUCUUUCUUUUUUAAAAUGGAUACGUGAUAGUCCUACAUAUUUUUGGAGUACACGUGAUAUUUUGAUACAUGCGUACAAUUUGCAAUGAUCAAAUCAGGGCGGCCAGAAUAUUCAUCGCCUCAAACGUUUGUCUUUUUUUUAUGUUGGGAACAUGUGAAUGCUUCUCUUCAAGCUAUUUUGAAAUAAUCAGUCAAGGAUUGUUAUCUAUAGUGGUGCUGACACACUGGACUCUCAAACUCUCCAUCUUAUUCUUCCCAUUAGUACAUAUUUGUACAUACUUGUGGGAUAUGUGGGAUAUUUUGUUACAGAGAUAGAAUGGACCACUUUUUAUUUCAUUUCAUUUUAUCUUAUUUUAUUUUAUUUCCUUUUUUCUUUUUUUAUUAUUAUUUCA